AUGAAGCUCCUUCUCCCUGCUCUCUUUGCCUUGGCUCUGUGGGCUCCCCUUGGCUGGGCUGCCCGGAAAAAACCUGAAAGCCCAAGCAAGGGCUUGAGUUCCUCAUCCUCUCCUGCCCCAGAUGGGCCAGCCCAUCCCGGGAAGCGACGAAAGCAACAGGCAGCAAGCGAGCUCAUCUUGGGGCAGGGUGUGGCGGAAGGUGAGUCAGGGGGAGGCCGUGUGGGUGGUGGAACUGCAUCAGGGAGGGGCUUCCAAAGGGGCGUGGCUGAAAAGUGAAGCAGUGGGGACAUGAAGCGGGCUGCCGUGCAGACUACCACAAAAUAGUGAAAUGUACCAAAGUGAUACAGUCUCUCACCCCUGUGGACACUUGCAGAAAAAAGGCAACCGUGAAGAAGGGAAGCUCAGCUUCAAUACUUUGUGCCCUGUCUGUCCAGCCCCGUCCGUCCUGCAGUGUGUCAGCCCACAUUUACGAAUAAGAGUUGUCCCACAUGCAGCUGGGAUUUUGCAGGCAGGCUCAGCUAGAAUCUUACCCCGUUGCCAGAACUGGAGGAUGCAAAACCAAAAGAAAACGUUCCCACAAGCUGCUUUUGCUUGGAGGGUGGUAGGGGUUGGUGGUAGUGCCAUUUGUAGUAUUGCAUAUGCUGUAAAUGAUGUUGUGGACCAUGAAUUUGAAUGUGUGUGCAUUGCGCUGCCAUGUGAGAACAAGCCCCUUAGCAAGUGGCGCAUGGCAGCAACUGGAGCCAUGUGGCAAAACUGCAUGUGAGCAUUGGCCUCUUGGCUAUGCUAAUGAGCCCCGGGCAAACCAAAAUGUAAUCUAGGGCCCAGAUAACAAACAUCUGGGGACAAAUAUGUUCCUUAAGCCAUCAGUUGUUUUUCCUGGGGUAAAAGGAGGCACAUGUCCCCACAUUUUUUCAGUAUACAUUUAUGCAUGGAGCUAGCCUCUGCUCAACAUUUAUGGUUACUUCCACACUGGUAUCUGAAAUUGCCACCCUUUGUUCACAUACUUUUAAUGGAGAAAAGAAAUUAUGUUGUUGUCAAAUCUUUGUAGUCCAUUGGUUUCUGUGUUAUUCUCCUGCAAAUUGCAGACUUGGUAUAUGUGUGUGUUUUGGGGGGUUGUCUCCACAGACUGUUGAAGCUUUUCAGGACUACUGCAGCUUUAAAGUUCCAGUUUGCAGGUCCUCCCCAUAUUAUUGCUUCCUGUUUAUUCUGUCUGGAGGGUUACUGCUGAAUAACAUCUCUUAGGCUGCAAUCCAACACAUGAUUUAGACUCUGUAAGAUAGACAUCAAAGUAAAUAGGUUUAGACUGUUAAUUGCCCACUGUUGUGUUCUGAUUAUGGAUGUGGCGGUUGUCUUUAAGUACUUGGUUUUUGUUUUUGUUUAAAAAAACAUAAUAGUAAAAUAACACUGUUUAGUAUAAAAAAAUAAAAAAGUAAAAGAGCAAGAAAACCAGUAAUCAAAGCCUCUCUAUCAAACAGGAAGAGAAACGGCAACAGGGACAAUUAAUUGAGGUUAUUCAAUCACCAACAAUCCUCCAGUCAACGGAAAGAAAUAACAUGGCCAGGAUUUUCAUUUUACAUGGGCAAGGACUUUUUCUGACUAAAACAUUUUGCCAGCAAACAUUGCAGAAAGAUUUUAGCUAUGGUAUAUAUUGUUUAACAAUGGUAUAAUAUUGCUACAUGCCACCCCAACCUCUGAGCAGAGUUAGAUUUCAGGCUCCAGGUGCUUACAACAGCAGAGACUGUGAUGUCUUUGUGAGAUGUGGUUUAUUUACUCACAUAUACAGUAUGAGCCAGGAGGGUUUUGUGUCUCCCAUUCCUGCAGCCUCAGAUUCAAACUGUCAGCUCACAUUGUGCUCUGACCUCCCCCAGCCCUUCAGCAUGUUGCUGCUUGCAAACUGCAGCUGUAUUUCCUCCUGCUUACAUCAUACCCAACUGCAAUCCUGAAACUUCUUCCUCCUAAAAACUCUGGCAUUGUCUUCUGCUAACUACCCAGAGCCCAGGGCUGGGCUCCACCCAUUUGCUGGCUGAUGGCUUCUCCCCCCUGUCCUUGUUCUCUGUUAAGGACUCAUACUUAGAGGCCAUCAUCAGGCUGGUCUGUAUUUUCACACUGCUCAAUUCGGCACCUGGCAGCCCAUCUUACGACUCCAAGCACUGAUCAAACUCCAAGACCCACCAAACCCAGGAGUUUAAGGGGAGUCAAGGCACCCACAAACUAAUGCCAAUAUAAUGCCAUGUAGAACUUCUGCUUUAAUUCUACUUCCAGUUAAUAUGGAAAGGCAAUUCUUGACAGUUAGCAGUUCUAAAGGACUCCAGCAGCAAAUCAACUUAGAAAUACAGCCUGAAAGAGCAGUUGUGAUUCAGCAGUCAUUCAUUCAAAGUAAAAAAAAAGUGUGGUCUUGUGCAUGUGUCCUCUGGCAAGGGCUGACCCAGAUUUUUUUGAUGGAUAGCCCCAAGAAUCAGCAGAAAAUAUUCUGUUGAUGUGCACAGCAAACUCAGUAAACAAAGUCACAGCAUUCAUCAUGUUAUGCUUCACCCAGGAUCGACUUGACCCAGACUGCAGUAGCUCCAUUGAGAGUAUAGAAUAAAUUAAUAUUAUAUGGACCUUUCUAAUCCAUUUGGAAAGGCUGGUCCUGAUUGUGCCCCAAAGCAGGCAAGAAGCCAGUGCAGAUGAGCAAAAACUGGAGUAAUAUGUCCUUGCAAGCAACUGGGUUGCAGAAUUCUACACCAGCUGAAGUUUCCAAAAUAGAAUUUAAGGACAGCAUUGAGGUGUGCAGUGUAGGGGGAAGUGGACAUAAAAGUAUUGUGAGGCGAAUGUUAUUAAAAGGGGCACUGACUCCUAGAGGAUACUUGCUUAAAUUAGCAUUUAUGGUUUGUGAUAGCUGCUGGCUACUAAGUACUAGACACAUCUUAUCAGCCAUGCUGGAAGUUGAGAUCAGUGUCCUAUCUGCAUAUAUGUCUGUGUACAGUGGUACCUUGAGUUACAGACGCUUCAGGUUACAGACUCCGCUAACCCAGAAAUAGUACCUUGGGUUAAGAACUUUCCUUCAGGAUGAGAACAGAAAUCGUGCUCCGGCAGCGCAGCAGCAGGAGGAGGCCCCAUUAGCUAAAGUGGUGCUUCAGGUUAAGAACAGUUUCAGGUUAAGAGUGGACCUCCAGAAUAAAAUUAUGUUCUUAACCUGAGGUACCACUGCAUACCAAUGUGAGAGAGUGUGUGCACCAGGAAAAACGUAGUGGUUAAAAUGUAGGCAGAAACUGGGGUGGAUGGGAAAAGAGGUAUUCUGUUAAUCUGGCCUUCUUGCUGUUUGAGACAUUGUGGAGAAAUGCACUGAAAAGUGUGGGCUGAACAAAUGACUAAUAGCAGAUGAGGAUGAAUGCAAGACAAAUGCUCAGUGGCAGACAAACUAACCCCAGGAUGAACUUUCAAGAAAUAGGUUGCCCAAACUCUGUUUGGAGCCCUUGCUUGUUCCCACAAGCUCAAACUGUAUACAUGUAACUAACACAUUGUCACAAAAAUGCUGUCAGUCUCAAGUAUUCACCUUCUGCAUAAGGAAAUUAGCUGUGUCAUGGCUGUCCUUGGAACUCCCUACCACUUGGAGAACCAAGAAACUGUGAAUAUCGAAGGAAUGUCUACAUCUGCACUAUGAAUUUAAAGCCCAGUCGCCUUGAUUCUAUCUUGUCUAGCCCUAAAUUCUGAUCCGAUCCAUGAUCCUGUUUCCCACGGUGGACAGUGAGAUGCCUCCUAGGAAGUCAACAAGCCAGACAUAAAGGCAAUACAGCAGCCUUCUCCCAGUGGCUGGUUUUGAUGGACAGAUUUAUUCUCCAGGAGUAAGCCUAAUUCUCUUCUGAAGCCAUCCAGGUUAAUGAUCAUCACCACAUAUUGUGGGAGGUUUUAACAAUGCACAGUGUGAAUAGUUUUGGCUGUCCUGAAUCUCCCGCCAUUCUGCUUUAUGGGAUGACCCUUGGUCCAUGUGUUGUAAGAGAGGCAGAAAGAGAGGUUGCUCCUGGAACAGCCUGUUUACUGAACAUUCUUCCUGAUCUGUUUCCAGGGAGGUUUGAUGAUGUUGCAUCAAAGCAAGUGCUAUCACACAUUUCCCCAUGCAUUUUCCUGCCAUAUUCCUUAUCAAAUAAAUUAUGGUCUUUUGGGGAAGUGGGUUUGUUUGUGUGAGACCUCCCAAUCAACUGUAAAUGUGUGAUUGGCCAGUGAAUCCCACCCAAAGCAAUCGGCCACCUGGAAGUGCCCAGAGAGAAAAUCUUUUCUCUGGGGACUUGCUCACACAGACUUCCUUUUGUGCAGAGUUCCUAGGAACAGGUCCAUGCUUUAAAGCUUCAUGCCCAAGUAUUUUGUAUUUUGUCUCGGCAUUUUCCCCAGGAAAAUCUGCAUUUUACCACUGAAUCGGCGCAAAUGGAAAUCAGGUUUUCCACAGAUGGUCAUUUGCUCCAAUUCAGCAGUAAAACGUGGGCUUUCCCAGGGGAAGCUGUGGGGCAAACACAAAACUGCUUGGUCAGGGAACUUUAAAGCCUGGACCUGUGCCUGGAAAGCAGGGUGCCAAAGGAAGUCUGGAUGAGACCUGCACCCCUCAUCACAUUAGAGCCCAGGGUCAGGUUUUACCACCCUGCUGUAGUACUCCCAAGGGAAGCACACUGAUUUUCUGGUAGGACUUAUUGGCAGCCACUGACACACAUGGGAGGAGAAAGGAAAUGCCCUCAGGGACACCACAGAUGUAGCACCUUGACCUGCUUCUUGCCCCUAAUGAUCCCAGGCCUUAGGGGGCAAAUCUGAUCCUAUCUGCUAUCUGCGGGAGGCAGUGGAAGACAGGAGUGCCUGGCGUGCUCUGGUCCAUGGGGUCACGAACAGUCGGACACGACUAAACGACUAAACAACAAAAAAAUGCAGACUUAGGUCCUGUUUCCUGGUCACUCUGAUGAGGCAUAAUUUUAGAAGCUAUUACAUAGGUAGGCAGGAUGUGCAUUUUUCAAAUCCUAAGUAAAUAACCGAGGUGUUGUGGUUUCUGUUUCCUCUUUUGAAUUUGCAGAGACCCUCAAAUCUGUAGCCGGUGUGGAGAGUGUUGCAGGAGAAAAGGGCUUGCGCCAGAAAGGUGAAAAGCCUUCAAUCCUGAAGAACAGUGUCUUGAGGAGGAAGGAGGCAGCGCUCCCCAACUACCUGAAUGGCCAAAAUCUGGGGCAGGGAGGUGUGCCGAAGAAGUUGUCCAAAUUUGGAAAGAAGGUAUUGGGCACAAAGAGAGCAGAGACUGCCAGCAGCAGCAUGGGUGCAAAACCAGAAUCCGCUGCCCCUGCGACAAACCUCAGCCUGACCCAGGCAGGCAGUAUGUACCCUCAGAAAGGUAUGAACAAGAGUGGGAAUAAAGGGAUGAAGUCCAGCCUGUGAAUAAGCUUGGACCAGUUUCAUUUUUAAGCUUGCCUACCAGUUUUAGGCUGCAAUUCCAAGCAUGCUUACUAGGAAGUAAGUCCUGCGAAACUCAGUGGGCCUUACUUCUGAGUAAGGCUGUGUGUGCAGCAUACAUUUAGAGCAGACACACCCUGCAAAGAGUCCUGGGAACUGUAGUUCACUCCUCACAGAGCUACUAUAUCUAGUGCCCUUAACAAACUACUUCUAAUUGUGGGAAUUAGACUUGUAGCUCCCAUUUGCAGAGUAUGCAGAAGGCAGCCCUGGGCUGUUUGACUCUUUAGUUCUCUUUUCCCUCCUAUAAAAACUACGCAAUACACUCUCUUUUAAAGUUUAAAGAACAUAUGACUUUUACUUAGUGUACUUGCAGUUUCAGAUUAAAUAUACAAUACAGGUGGAUGUUUCUUUUAGUCACUAAAACAUCUCACCUAGAUUAAGCUGUUACAGACUAACGAACAUUUACAUACUGACGAUACUCUGACUCCAAGGCAGACAGAAGCACAACACAACAAAACACACCUGCUCUGACUGCUAAGACUCACAAGACUGUGAAUAACAGAACCAGCGGAAGUCACAAGGUCCUACAGCCCUUUCAAACAUCAGCCCUUGACAUAUGCAUUUUGGAUGCUAACACCCCACACUAAUCUCCGUGGAGGUUAACUGUACAGUUAAUACAGGUAGGGUUGAUGCCCAGGCUGUUGGGACCCCCAGAGAAGUGCACUCCAUUGGGACGCUUCCUAUAUCAAUGGUGUUUAUUUGGUAACAGUCGUGGGGAGCUGCAAGGUGCCAUUUUUAGGUACCAUCAACGUAGUGUUGCCAAGGGGCCCUGUGGGAAAUAUAAAAUGGUGGCAUGCAAAAGGCCUCUUCCAACAGACCUGGCUCUAAGCGCAAGGCACCUGCAUCUGAUAGUGGAGUUCAGCAUGUGGCUAGUGGAAGACUGAUCUAAGCCAUGGCUCCCCUUUUGAAUGAACAGCUGGGCAAGAGAGAGAGUGAGCCAUGCUGCCUUUGUGCAGGGCAACUACCCGGUCAAUGGUGCCCCAAGUUAAUCAAGGACUGUUAAUUAGGUAUUGGGCCCCCUGUUAGGUGGGGGUGGAGCGGAGAUGGGUCAUGUAGGUGCCAAAAUGUCCUAGUCUGCUUUGCCUUUCAUUGCGCAUCUCUUGUCUCUACAGGUUUGAUCCAUGUAGAGAAAACACCAAUGAGGGAACCUGUUGCCCCACAGAAGGCAAAGGCAAGAAAGGAAUAUGCUGUCACAUCUAGGAAUAGUACUCGGAUACAGAUAGGAAAAGUGCCAGGCCCUUGGCAUGGAAAUGAAAGCCAGGCACUCUCUAGUCCUACCCACAAAAAUACUGGCAAGGCAAAAGAAGGAAAGGAGCCCAGAAUGCUCCAAAGCAAUGCCAGCCGGGCACUGCUGCAGAAGGAGAACAUCUCUCCCCACAGGAACACCAGCAGGCCAGCAUCAAGAAAGGACUAUGGCCCCCUCUUCAGAAACGCCAGUCACACCCCAAUGCGGAAAGAGUAUAGUGGCCUCACUAGGAAUGGUACUCAGGCCCAGGGAGUGAAAGAGCCCAGGCUUCUCCCGAAAAAGGCCAGCAAGGCACAAUCAGAGAAAGAACAUGGCAUUCCGUCAGCAAACACCAGUUGGUCACUAACACAGCAAAAGCAGGGCAUCUCCCAGAGAAAUGCCAGCCAGGCGCAGAUGAAUAAGCGGCUCAGAGUUGCUCACAUAAAUGCUAGCCAGGCACUGUCAGGGAAAAGACUCAUCACCCCAAACAGGAAUACCAGCUGGGUUGAGGUCAGGAAGGAGCCCACCCUUACCCAUAAGAAUGCCAGCCAGGCAGCGCCACAGGAAAAACCCAGAUUUUCUCACAGGAAUGCCAGCCAGGCAUUGCCAGGGAAGCAGGAUGGCUCCCAGCAAAGGAAUACCAGUUGGGCAGAGGUUAACAAGGAGCACAGACCUUCUCACCAGAACGCCAGUUGGGCAUUGCCAAGGAAAGACUCCAGUUCUUCCCGCAGAAAUGUCAGUCGGUCACUGGCAGGGGCAGAACAUGGCAUCCUGCGCAGGAAAGGUGGACAGGCACGAGCAAGGAAUCUGCCUGGUGUCCCCUUCAGAAAUGUCACCCAAACUGAGGCUGUGAAAGAACAAAACGUAUCUCAUAAAAAUGUCUUCAGAGCGGGAGGCACACCAAAAUGGCAACCUGCCGUGCCAAAGGAAAGAGAUGAGCCCAUAAUGCCAUCCUUGCCUGUGACCUGCCUGCUUUCUGAACAUGCCAUCGCUUGUGGCAAUGCUCGCCUGAAACAUGUGCCCAGGCUGAGUGACACUGCGCUCAGAACCCUCUACCUGGCAGGUGAAUAUCUGAGGCAGGAAAGGGAUUUUUCUUCUUCACCAGCCUGUGUCUCUCCAGCUUCUCUUUCCUCACCUCAUUCCCAGUAUAAACACUCUUCUGGGCCCAAUAACUGGCUUAUCGUGCAAACCUAUACAUGUCUACUCAGAAGUAAACUCCACUGAGCUCAGUAGGACUUACUCCCAGGUAAAUGUGUAUAGGAUUGCAGCCUUGUUCAGUCGGUACGCUGCAGUGCGCUCAUUAGUAAUGAUCCUGCUUUCAAUACUAUUUGUGCCUGCAAAGUUUUUGGGUGAUCAGACUGUUUAAUUUUCAAUCAGUGCUGAAAUCCUUUUAACUUUUCAUACCACAAAUGUUUUGGGGUGUUUUUCCUCUUGCUUUUGUUGCACUGUAGCCCCUCUGGAGAGCAAUAAUGUGGUAGCAUUGGGGAAGCAUCACAGAACAAAUAAUAAAGCAGGAAAAAAUCCACCACUAUAAUUGUGCGAGGACAUGUUGCAGAAUGCACUUGCAGCCAAACACCAGUUUGGAAGGGCCCUUUCUCCCCGUUUUCCAAAUGUCUGUGUGGUGGAUAGAAGCCAGCUAGAUCUGGAAUUCCCAAAAGGUUUGUGUGCUGCUGGGAUCAAUAUCAUGACUUUUGCUCUGACAGGAACCCAAAUACAGUACGGACAAAUUCUUUAUGGGCCCAUCAAUGUAUCACAGUGGUUUGGAGGUUAGCACUAACCAUAGUUUGCCUGCAAACUUGUAGUACAGUGGUACCUCGGGUUACAUAUGCUUCGGGUUACUUACGCUUCAGGUUGCACACUCCGCUAAACCAGAAAUAGUGCUUCAGGUUAAGAACUUUGCAUCAGGAUAAGAACAUAAAUCAGGCUCCAGCGGCGCAGCGGCAGCAGGAGGCCCUAUUAGCUAAAGUGGUGCUUCAGGUUAAGAACAGUUUCAGGUUAAGUACGGACCUCCGGAACGAAUUAAGUACUUAACCUGAGGUACCACUGUACUGGGAAGCAGAGACUGGAGGAGGGAAUUGGUGCACUGGAGGUGGGAGCACAGCUUUCAGGUCAUUCAAACCAUAGUUAUGAGGAGGGAAAAGAGGGAAAGAGACUAUGAGGAUGGAACAUAAGGAUGAUUUAACAGGCAAAUAACUAUAGACUAACAUGGACAAAUAUGUUACUGAGAUUUAAUGGAACCCCUAAAGAAAAACACAUCACAAGGAGCCAGUGAAAUACCAAUUUAGGACACUAGAAGAUAAUUAAAAAGGGAAAAAAGGUUAUGAAGAUUUCUUGAAUGGCAAAAUAUGAUGGUUGGAGAUCUGGGAGGGAAUUCUAAGAUAACACAAUCAUGCAGAAUGAAAAAACAAAAACUAAAACAGAAGUAUAUAUGUUAGAUACUUUGAAUAAUGGUUAUAUAUUCACAAUUGGCAGAUAGGGAAACAGAAGUAUCUCUCUUUUUUCUUCUCUUUCACUCUUUCUCUUUUUGGAUUGAGUCUCUUGUAUGACCUUUGAUUUUGGGUGCCUCUUGAGUAGCGUUAACUAGAUGUAUAUCUUAACAUCUAAAAUUUUAUAUCUGUGAUAAAUGAAGAUACAUACAGGGAGCUGACAGAGAUAGGCAGGUCAGAGUGUUUUUUCUCAGAGUGGGAGACUGAAGAAGAGGAAGCUCUCCCAGGUGGGAGGAUUCAGUGUGUGAAGAUCAAAUUAAAGGGUGACUGAGGGCUAUAUAGAUAUACCUGUAUGCAUAAUUUUGUGUCUUAUAAGGAUCAUGUGAGGAUUAUUAAUGUGUUUCAUUUUCUCUUUCUCUUUAAUUGUUUCUGAUUGAUAAAUUGUUUUCUAUUAUUCUCUUUAGUUUCGUUGGAAUUUUAUAGAAUAUUAGUUUGAAAACCUUUAAUAAAAUUGAUUUUUUAAAAAAGAUUGGAGGAACAGAAUGAGAUUUCUGAAUGUUAUGUACUGAAGUUCUCACCCUGGACCACCAGGGGGAUACUGUAGAUAGUUAUGCAAAUGAAGGAUCGAAAGUGACGUUCAGUGAUUGGAUAGUUUUAGAAAGUUGCAACAGUUACUUUGUUCUGGAGCUCUAUAUAAGCAGGCUGACUGAGCUCUUCAGUUCAGUUCAGUUCAGUUCAGUUCUCUGAAAUAAACAAGAACUGUUUGAAGAAUCACUGUGUCGUCUGAUAUGUUCGCCCACAACUUUACACUGAGCUGGGCUUUUAGAGUUGCCAUUAUAAGGCCCAGAGCGUGAUCUUCCCUGUAACUGCUUUUGCUCCUCUCACCUUCCUUCUUUUAUGCUUCCCAGAGAAUGAGAUCACACAUGUCCCUGCUGGGAUUUUCUUGGGCUUGCCCAAUCUAGAAUGGCUGGAUCUCAGCAAGAACAAGCUGGAUUCUGCAGGCCUGCACCCAGAAGCUUUCAAGGUGAGUGGAGACGGGAAAGACCUUUUGCUGUGAAGGGAGGUUCAGAAGCAAGGAGGGAAGUCAAUUUAUUCAGGGGGACGGGGACUGAGGGGGAAAUAGAUUAUCACAGGCACCUUUGGAGAUUACUCCUGACUUCUUCAAUUAAAGGAGAUUCUGAAACUAGGACUGUACAUGCAAAGAAUGUGUUGGGCCAUUGCUCUAUAAUUUGCUCAUUUGCAAGAAAUAAUUAUUUCUUGAAGACUACUGAACAUGAUCACAAUCCUGUCAGUACCUUUCUUCUUCCAUGCAGAAUCUCACCAAGCUGAAGCGCCUGAAUCUGGAUGGGAACCGCCUCACUGCAGUCCCAGCUUUGCCCAGUUCACUACAAGAGCUAAAGAUGAAUGACAAUAAUUUAGAAGGACUGCAGAGACACAACUUCCGAGGUAGGGGUCACUUUACAAAAAGUCCUUCCUUGGAUGUGUGUGUGUACUCUGCAUACGAUCAGAGGCCCUCAUUCCUAGGCGCCGGAAUUUUUGUAAACACAAGGCGGCACCCUAUUAAGUCACAUUCCCUAUAGAUUUGUGAAACUCUGGCAUACAUACCUAGGGGCUCAUCUAUACUUCCUACUGUUCUGCUUCUUUCCCCAGGGAAAGGUGCUCUUUGACAAUCAGAACAAACAGUAAUUCAGGUUUUCUUAGGAUUGAUGUUUGCUCCGAUUGAGCACUAAAGUUCAGGUUUUCCCUGGGGAAGGAGUGGGGCAAGCGGGAAACUGCUCACACCCCCCAGGGUUUCUAGGUGUGUUGGGCCCGGGGGUAACCCAUGAAACGUGGUCCAGAACUGGUCCAGAAUCCAAAGGUUCUGCUGGGAGUCAGUCCAACAGGGCCAAGGCAGGAAACUAGGCAAGGACAGGUACAGGUUCUCAGGCAGGAUCUAGCAAACAGCAAUGUUGCUCCCGCAACCUGGGACAGGGUCCGACAGCCUUUUAUCUCUGUCCCCCGGCGACUCACCUCCCUGUUUUGCCCGAAGGCAAGCACUCCUCCUGCGAGUACUCAGGUCUCUCCUUCUCUCAGACCUUAGUCUCUGCAGCUCGGGAGACGUCGGUGGGUUACUAGACCCAGAGGCUACCUCAGCCUCCCCUGACCAAACAAGUAAUGGAGCAGCUGUAAGUGAUGGCCCAGCUGAAAGCAAUGAGGUCAUCCCCGCAUCUGGAGCCAGGGCAGGCUCAAGCCCCUGACUCGGCCCAGCUGGUGUCUGUUGAAGGGACCUGUGCAGACUGGGACUCUUCAGGAUCAGGCCCCAGACUUGGCUCAGAUGAUGCCUGAGGCAAAAGAUCCGGUGCAGACUGAGUCUCCUCUGGUUCCAAGUCCGAGCCCAAGUCCUAGGCCAUGGGAUGAAUGGAAGUGUGGAGAAGCCCUUCGUCAUUAGGAAAAAAUCUUACAUUUUCCAUAGCAAAGAGAACUGCACUGAGACAUGGAAAUUAUAUCAUUAUUGUAUCAUUAUUUAUUAAAUUUCUAUACUACCCUUAAUCUGGUUACAAUAUAAAAGCACAAAAAUACAUACCAUAGUAAGAAAUGAAAACAAUACCCCAUAUACACAACUUAAAAGGCCACAGAUAGUUUAAUUGGCCAAAGGUCUUGGAGAAGGUUGCUUGUGGGCAUUUCUGUAGAAAAGCCACUGUUAAUAUUUAAGAUUGUGAUGGCGAUUACAACCACCCUGUUUUAUGAUCUCCACGUUUUAGGCAGGACUAGAGCUAUGGCAACCGCUUAAUAAGAUGUUAAGAAUUCAUUCCUUUGCUCAUGAUUUACUACACUUAUAGGCCACUUUGCCGCCAGGGAACCCAAGGCAGCAUACAAAGUUCUCCCCCACCCAUUUUAGCUUCAGAACAACCCUGCGAAGUAGGAUAGGCUGAAUGAUAGUGACUGCCCAACAUGAAUUCUGUGGCUGUGUGGGAAUUUGAAUCCUAGUCUCCAGAGUCCUAGGGCACAUUCUUAUUUCCCUUUGCCCCACUGCUGCCUUGUGGAACAUAUUCAAGGGAAGAAAAGGCUAAGGAGCAAAUCCUACACAAAUCUGGAGUGGAGUUUCCAAGACAGUUGGAUGCCAUUUUGUACAUGUUGUUUCUGGCAACUCCUGCAGCCCAGCUGGUGCCAAACUCAUUUCUUUGCUUUCCUUUGGAGAGGCCAAGAGGCUUGUCAUCUGGACAGCCCAGGACUUCUAGACCAGGGGUCAGCAACCUUUUUCAGCUGGGGGCCGGUCCACUGUCCCUCAGACCAUGUGGUGGGCUGGACUAUAUUUUGAAAAAAAAAUGAACGAAUUCCUAUGCCCCACAAAUAACCCAGAGAUGCAUUUUAAAUAAAAGCACACAUUCUACUCAUGUGAAAACACGCAGAUUCCCGGACCGUCCGCGGGCCGGAUUGAGAAGGCGAUAGGGCCGCAUCCGGCCCAUGGGCCUUAGGUUGCCUACCCUUGCUCUAGACACACUGACCAGGCUUGCACCCCAGGGAGGUCACUUCAGGCAAUGUGAUUCUCCAGCAGUUUGGCUCCCUGCCCCUCUGGAGGCACACUCCAUUGUCUCCCAAGACAGACAGGUGCCAACAACUUCUGAGGAGAGCUGCAUAGGCUUGUAUUGUAAACCCUUCUGGGCAAAUUACAUUGCAGAUAACGGUGUCUGCCGCAGCCCUACACAGUGCACACACAUGUUAUCAAGAUGCACAGUAGAACAAUUACAUAAUGGGAUGCCCGGCAAUUUCUAACAGCAUCCAUGUGUCUAAAUGACCUGAAACUAUUGCCCAGACACAUUGAAAGUAGACAACAAAGUAGACAACAGUAGCAAAAAGAGAUCCCCCACAUAAACAAAUCUCAUGGAUUGCUACUACAAAGGCAAAUCUAGAUAUGUUGUGUAUCCUCCCCCCCCACAUUGUCCUUUGACAAAGCCAGCGCUCUACUGAAUGCAAUGCACCGUUUUCAUGCAGACACUUUAUGCUAUUUCCAAUUAUCGGUGUGAAGAUCUUCCAUCAGUUUGGAAGCCAGGAAGCCUGCUGUUACUGGUCUAGUGUCUUUCUGUUUCUAUAACUGCCCAGUGCUGGAUGUGUGUGGGUUGUUUCCUGAGAAGUUUGUUAGCAGCUGAUAAAUGGGGGCUAAACAGGAAGCUGGGAUACACACUGGGCCUCCUGGGAGCAAGUUCUGCUGCUAACAGAGGCCCGUUGUUUCUACCCUGUCCAUCCUGAGAGUGUUCCAGCAGUGGAAACUAAAAGGAAAUGUAAAAACUGGACUAAUAUGCUUAUGUGCAUUAAUUUUAUAUAAUUUGAAAUUUUUGUUUCUUAACAAUUGGGGGAUUCUGAUAGCUGUGUUGCCAAUAUAUUUCUCCCCUGUUAAACUGUUGUUGUCCCUGUGUCUUUCCAAGCACCCUGGGGAGGCAGAAAUUUGGCAGGUGAAGCUUUCUCCAUUCUUUGCUAAAUCCCUCCAUGUCAGCGAAAAGACAAAGAGCAUAAGAGUAAGGCUGGUAAUAGGAGGCAGGGUGGGGGUGGGCAGAGAGGGGAAUAUUUGACCCAUAUUCAAAUGUAUAUUGACCUGCAUAUCAGUCCUGUAUUUCAGUUGGGGGGGGUAGCCCUCUUAGCUUCUGUGAGGUCCUCCUUUGCAGCUGUUUUUCAAAGGCUACGGAGGGCAUGAUUUGGUUAAAACUGGAGGAAUUCAGGAAGUGAGAUUGGUGCAUUUCCUUAAGAGGUGCUCUGCCUGUCCCAGUAUAAUUCCAGCACCGGACUGAUUUCUGAAUGUCAUUUCAUAAUACAUUUGGGGAGCCCCCCUUCUCAUCUCAUAUGUGAGCCUUCAAAGAAUUAAUUCCUCCACAGCACUGUGAUGCCACAUCCAGACUGUUGUUAUUUUUGCAGGUACAAUUAAAUGGCAUAGCAGCAAAUUUAUACCACACAAUUAAAACGGUUUCAGUGGUCUUGUGCAACAAAACUGUCCUCUCCCCAAAAUAUCUGGGCUUUCUGCAGCAAGGAAACAUGAUGGGAAGGAACAGGGAAGUUUAUUUAUUGUAGUUGCGGGGGGAACUUGCUGUUUUAUAUUUUGAAAAUCAAUCAAAAUCAAUAAUCAAAAUCAAUCAAACAAUCAAUUAGAUGGGGAAGUGCCCCAGAAAGUGUGGGAUAUGCUUGAUGCAAUGUCAUAUAACCUUCCUGCAAAGAAAUAAGAACAAAUGCUUAAUAAAUAGCUGCCACCAUAUAACGUUCCCACAAUCUUUGUGCCAAACAUCAUCAGGAUGAAUGCUCAAUAAGCAGGUUGUCUGCAAGUGGUCAGAGGGCAGUCAUGGAUUCAUCUCUCCUCUGCACAGGCCUCUUCAAGCUGCUCACCCUGGAGCUGGAGGCAAACGAGCUGCAUGAUGGGAACGUGCUCCCCACCACCUUCAAGCCCCUCAGCAGACUCAUCUACCUGCGACUGGAUCGGAACCGCUUUCGAGCCAUCCCGUCAGGUUUGCCUGCCUCCUUGCAGGUGAGCAGAGCAGGGGUUGUUCUUUGUAACAGGACCAGACCCUAGUCAGGGGGCUGUCAGCUGAACCAGGAGCCAAACCUGGUAGGUCAAAGGGUAUAAAGUAAUGUAUGAGAUUUGAAAGGAAUACCGUACAGCAGGCAAUGUCCAACUUCAGAUAGGCUGUGACCUACUACCCAGUAUCAAAAACGGGCAGUGAUCUACCCCAGGCAUAGGCAAACUCGGCCCUCCAGAUGUUUUGAGACUACAAUUCCCAUCAUCCCUGACCACCGGUCCUGUUAGCUAGGGAUGAUGGGAGUUGUAGUCCCAAAACAUCUGGAGGGCCGAGUUUGCCUAUGCCUGAUCUACCCAUUGUCAUUCUUCAACUUAAACAUACUCUUCCCGCCCCCCCCAACACAUGUGUUUUAAGCUGUGCUUAUUUUAGAGCCCCUCUGGGCCAAACUGGUCUGUCUGUUGGUCUCUCCUGCCCGCUCCACCCUAGAAGGUCGCUAGCUGGGCUAGUGGUAUGCACUGCAGAGCUCUCACCUGACACCACUUCUUCUCUGGGCAGCAGCCAGGAUAGAGAAAGAAGCUCUGAAGUGAGCCAGUGAUGUCUGCAUCGUCUGCUCAGGGCAGCAGCACCACUGUCCAAAUCAGCCAAAUACUGGGCACAGUAUUGCACCUAAUAUUAAAACUGCAGAGUGGAAGGAAAAGAGGACCAUUUUCUGCCUCUCCACUUCCAGCUACAAUAUGAAGACUGGAGAAGAGACCCUCUUAAGACUAUUAGGGGGUGGGCAGGGGAAGGACUAGACCAUGUGAAAAAUGAACAUAAUAUUUUAGCUGCAGUUCAUUCAUUUUCAGCUUUGUAUUCUUGUUAUAAAAAAAGUGUGCCUAGCCAUUCCGUUGUUAAACCUAGGUUUAAGGAUGCCAAUUAUCUCCUAGCCUUCAUGUUUCAGUUUCUAACAUGGCAACCAUGGGAGGGGUGUGUAUGUUGCCCUCAUGUCCUUGUGGACUUCUCAGAGUCACCUGGUUGGCCAUUGUGUGAAACAGGAUGCUGAAGUAGGGCUGGUCCAGUAGGGUUAUUUCCCUCUGCUCCUGUGAUACCACCUACAUCUCUCUUUAAAGACGACUGUCUGUCUCCAGUCAGGCCCCAUUUAACUUGUCUCAUUCUGGAGUUCUUCUGUAUGUUGUUGUUUUAGAGGUGGAUAGGUUGUGUGAAAUAGGUACUGGAUUUGUUUGCCACACAAAGCUGGACAGGGACUGAGCAGAACUGGAAUCAAGGAAGAGGCGGUGGCGGCGGGGGAGGAUGCUGGAAUCAACUGUAUGGGGGGGGGGGAGGAGCUGGAGUCAUAUUAAAAGACAGAUUUAAAAUCAACAGUUUCCCACCCUUGCAGGAGCUGCACCUUGACUCUAAUCGCAUUGAGGAGGUGACCGAGAGUGUCCUCAACAAAACCCUGAACCUCACUGUGUUGGUUCUGAGCAACAACAAAUUGCAGGAAGAUCGCAUUGCUCCACGUGCAUGGAUAAACCUCCCGUGAGUACCUCAGCAUCAUUUUCUCAUACCAGUGAUACUCCAAAAAGGAGAGGGUAUGAGAAAAUCCAGAUUGAGGAGGGGAAAGUGUGGGAAGGUGAUUUGGAGAUUACUGUAAUUAAAAAAAAAAACAAAUUUAUUUAAGUUCUCUUUCAAAUUGUGAGGUUUGAUUAACAAAUCUUUUUCUUUUAUCUAAUUUGAACAAUUCAUUAAGUUGAUGAUAUUGUAACCAACCUGUUUCUAUACUUAUCUUCUCCAGACCUUUUUAUUUUAACAUCUCCAUCCAUUAAGAAUCUCUACAUGUUGCCUACUCGUUUUUCAUAUUUCAUUUUUUCACUGAUAUAGCUUCUAUGGGAGAAAGCCACAAAGGUGUCUUUUUCUAACAAAUUUUUAUAUUUAUCUCGUACUGUAUAUAAAUUCUUCCUGAUAACAUGAUUCAUGAAACUUUAUGCAUUUUAACUUUACCAUACCAUAAAUAUGAAUGCGAGUCAGAUUUAUUGCCAUGUCCUUCCAAGUCUAACACUUGUGUAUUUUUCAAUACUAACCACUCCUUUAGCUAGCAAAGACAAGAUGCCUCAUAAUAAAGUUGUAGGUCUGGCUGGAGGUAACUGUCAUAUGGACAACAGAGAAAACAGAGAUACAGGAAGUUUAUCGUCCAUAUUAAACUACAAUAUGCCCCCAAGUGCAAUGCUUUUCCCAAGGAAGGAAAUGGCAGCAAUUCAUGUAUACAGGAGGAAAUCCAGGACACCACUGUUGGGAACUCAGGAAUCCCCAAGGGCUGUGUGUGUCUUUUUCCUCCCCAGGAAGCUGGAGGCCUUGGACCUGUCUCACAACCGCCUGGUGCACGUGCCUUCAUUUCUACCCCGGCACCUGAAGCAGCUGACUCUGCACCACAACCGCAUUGAGCGCAUCCCUGGCUACGUCUUUGCCCAUAUGAAGCCUGGCCUGGAGUUUCUGCAUCUGUCACACAAUGCACUGCGGGACGAUGGCAUCCACGCCGUCUCCUUCCUGGGGCUCUACCGCUCCCUUGCUGAGCUGCUCUUGGACAACAACCAGCUCCAAGCCAUUCCCCGUGGCAUCCUGAACUUAAAGGGACUGCAGGUUCUGAGACUGAGCCACAACCGCAUCAGGUAAAGCAGGGAUGGGGAGACAGUGGCCCUUUGCAUAGUUAUUGGACUCCACUUUGCAUCAUUCCUGACCAUUGGCCAUGCUGGCGGGGGCUUGUGGGAGUCCAUCAGUACUGAGAAAGGCACAGGUUCUCCAUCUCCAAAAGAGAGCCUACUCUGCUCCUCGCUCCUUUGUGCUUCUUGCAUCCACAAGCGAUGAGAAAUCCUAGGGCAUUACAGUCAGUCUGUUUGGAGGAAACAGUGCUGUAGGGACUGGUGGUGUUUGUGUAAAAUCUGAAUGUAUAUAAAUAUACCAAUUAGCAAGCAAGCACGCAGGCAGCCCAGCACACAACAGAACAGCUAUUGUCAGGCUCCGCAGGCAACUAUUUUAAAUACAGUACCUGGUAUCUUGAGGUUGUAUUUUGCUCCUGGGAUAAAACACGGGAAAUCAGAUUCCUAGCCUUGCUACUCUCACCCUCAUUUUAAAGAUGACUUAUGUGAGCCAAGAAGUUUUAAUCUCAUUCUCCUAUUAUCCAUGAACUCACUACUACAUUGUCUUGGGUGAGCCAGUCAGCACCUCUCCUGACCAAACCUGUAAUAUGGGGAUCAUGCUCAGCCGCCUCACAGGGUUGUUGUUUGUACUGCAGAGAGAAGGUACUGUAUGUGAAGCCCUGUCAAGGGCUGCAUGAUGCUGAGGGUUCUUAGUCUCUCUUCCUGGCAGGCAUGUCCCCCUGAACUCUGUCUGUGACACGCGGGUGGCAGAGGACUCGAACAUUGUGUCGAUGCACCUGGAAAACAACUUGAUUGACCGCCGCCGGAUCCCACCCACAGCCUUCUCCUGCAUCAAAGCCUACCACAGUGUAGUGUUGCGGCCGCAACAGAAUGAAGAGGACGACUACUAA